UAUACUGAACGUCUGAUGAUUUGGUUAUCCUCGUUCGUGUUUGUAUUAGUAGCCUCAAUGCAAAUUUUUUGUUUAGUAAAUGCGUCAACGCAUUGGUAAGGGAACAGAAGUCAUAUAAAUCAAUUUUAACCUCGAACUUUUCCCAGAUUUCUUAUUCAUUUAUUCAUAUUCGCUUAAUAGCAAUAUUAGAAUUGAAAUACGUGUCAAAAUUUUUGUAUGAAUGAAUUGUCAUAAUUAAUUACAAUUAAGGUUUAGUUUACUGCUGAAUACCUUUUGCAAAUUAAAUAGAACGUUAAAAUGGAAAACAAUUUAGAAAAGACAUUGGAUAAUACGAAUAACACUGAGAGUAUCAUUGGUUGCAUUUUAGCUGAUCAUGCUGGAUUGUGCUUAGGAGUUAAAGGAAAUGCGUCGACUGAAAGUGCUGGAAUAAUUGCAGCUAUCGCAGAUCAAGUAGCAAAACUAGAACCCAAAUCACCAGCUCCGAUUAUUUCUCUGCAGAACGAGAACAGGAAAUGCCUUAUACAACGUGAGGGUGCGGUAGUAGGUGCAAUUUAUAAGAAUGUUUCCGUGUGAAAUAUGUCUCCUGACUCGAACUGAUAAUACUGGUUAUACUUAAGUUAAACAUGUCAUUACUUGUGUGCAUAUAAAAACUUCCAAUAAGUAAUUUAAUGCAUUUUCAUUUUAAAUAGAACAACUUGUACUUGAGUUUGAUUGUAACAGUGUAGAAAAUACAUCUGUAACUAUUAAA